UAUAGCAUCUCCCCUCAUAUACCACUAUGUACUCGGUAAUCGAAAACUAUUGAUACCACAUGUUUUAUGGUACGAUGGCCAAGGCUAAUCAAGCUGUCUUGGCCGGAUUGGAUCAGUUAUGUAACCAUGUCACUGCGUAGCUGUAGCCUAUAGGCAGUGACUGUAGCAGGUUACUACAGAUGUGACUAUCUAUACAUGUACCCUGGUUGCAGAGUGCUCGCAUCAGUUGGUUCAAAUACUGUAAUGCAGCGGAUCUCCGUCUGCCAAGAGCCAAGAUCUCCAGGAGUUCCUCUAUUGAGCAUAAGCAAUCGCAGCUCCGGAGUACUACUACUACAGUUCCGUACAGGCACGAAUUAUACAGCAUCACUACGCACCAGUCCGCACUACUCCCUGUCCUUCUAUGGUAACACUGCCCCUGACCAAUGGCAAAUAUCGGCUAUCUCUGCCCCGCUGCUGUCGCUGAUCACAUGGAUCGUCACAUGACACUACCAGGUCACGUGACACCCACGCCCCCUGCCGUAAGGGGAUGGAUUAGUAGUAUCAUAAUACGGGAUGCAGUCCUCCGCUU